CUAACGUCAACCAAACCACGAUAUCUGCACAUCAAUAACAGAUAUAUAAUAUCAAUCGAAUCCAUCCGCGGCUUCACCCGCAUUGAACAGAGCUGGCAUACGAUGCUCCGCGAAAUAAUGCAAGAGACAGACAUUUUGAUCCUGGGUGCUGGUUGGACGGCAGGGUUUUUGAUUCCGCAGUUGCAGCAAGAGGGGAUCACGUACGCGGCAACGACUACCAGCGGCAGAGACAAUACCAUCCCCUUCAAGUUCGACCCCGAAUCUGGAUCCGCGGAGCCAUACAAACGUCUGCCUUCGGCCCGUACUAUUCUCGUGACCUUCCCAUUGCGGGGCCACGGGCAAUCCAAGGCGAUCGUUGGCCUGUACCGCGCCGCCCACGGUGCAAAGAACAAUUGGAUCCAAUUGGGCGCAACAACCAUCUUCAACAAGCUACCCAAUGAUUGGAGUGACGACAAUGCGCCCUACGACAAGCACGACAUUCGAGCUAUUGCUGAAGACGAGCUUUUAGGUGAGCACGGCUGUGUGCUAGAUCUUUCAGGCUUGUACGGCGGCGAACGCGUUCCAUCGAAAUGGUUGCCGCGUCUAGCAAAGAAUAAGGAGGAUGUGAAGAAGCGCGGCGCGGUGCAUUUCAUACACGGCGAGGACGUGGCGCGUGCAAUCAUCGCGACCCAUCGCAAAUUCACGCAUGGAAAGAGAUGGAUUAUUUCCGACAUGCGAGUGUACGAUUGGUACGACCUGAUUAUGAGCUUCAGCGCAAUGGCUGAGGGAUUGGAAGCCAGCGCACAGGAGCAGGAAGAAAGGCUGCAGUUCGCAAAUUGGGUCGGUGAGCUGAUGAUUGAGGAGGGGAUAAGAGCUCUGCCGCGAGACAUGCACUUGUUGGGUCGCAAGUUGGAUUCCAGAGGGUUCUGGCAAUUUCAUGGGGUUUGGCCCAGACAUCAGAGGCUGUGCUAGGUAUGAACCAAAGAAGACAUCGUAAAAUUCAUACUGGCAGUGGAUCACACAGCAGUCGACGGACGUAGAGUGCUGCUGCUGGCAGGUAUCCCCUCAGACGACUGCAAAAAUUCGCCGUCCCCAAUUACUCUGAUGGCGAUUUAGAUACUGGUAGAGGAAACGAGUCCCAAGUAACGAUGCAUGCGAAUUUUACCAACUGCUACAAA